AUGAGCAAGAGAGAAACUUCAUCUGACAUAUUGUCAGGUGGUCUGUCAAGAAACCCAAGUUGUUCUACCUUUCCUGCCGUUAGCCAUGUGUCAGUAUCAACAGCUGUAACUGCAGGCCAAAUAGCAAAGUCCUGGAAGCUUAGAGCUAAUGGGGGCAAUGUGGUCAAAACACAGUCAAUUUCCUCGACAAAAGGAAACAAUGAAGGGGAAGAGCUAGAAGGACAAAUUGCACAAGAGAAUCUUAUGAAGUUGCAGAGGAUUUUUGAGGAGGCUGAUGAAGAUGGUGGAGGUGGCUUGGACAUCGAUGAGUUUAGACAAGCACUACAACAAACCACUGGCGCAGGUUUGGGAGAUCAUGAACUGGAAAUUGUUUUCAUGAAAGUUGACACUAAUUGUGAUGGUACCGUAGACUGGGAUGAAUAUCUGUCAUACAUGUUAAUGGAAUAUCGUGAAAAGGACAACAUGAAUGCCAUGCUUGCAGAAAAACCAUUUUCAGGUCAAAUAAAGGAGCUACAGACCUCACAAGCCUCUUAUUGUGAUGUGAUUAGUAGGGUUGAUUUUUACCCACAGCUAAGUAACAAAUAUGGUUAUGAUGUAGAUGCAAUCGAUUAUUCACAUGGCAGGUAUGUUAGUGUCAGCCAAGAGGGAGUAGUAAACUUCUGGACAUCAGAUAUGAAACAUCAGAAAUCUUGUAUCUUGGAGACCACACCUAAAGGGUCAACAUCCAAAUGGGUCACUGAUAUGGUCUGUAUGGCUAAUGUCAACUUGGUUGCAGUGUCCACCAUUGAGGAAGACAUUUCUUUCUAUGAUCUUGUCUCAGGUAAAACUGAAAAGCAUUUCAAGAUAACCUGCCUAGAACACACAGUCUUGUGCAUGCACUAUUGGUUUGACACCAGCAAUUUAAACAAUGCUGUGCUUUUGUGGGGGAACAACAAUGGAGAUGUUUGUAUAAUGGAAUUCAGCAACCUCAUAACUAAGGGAAUAUUUGGCAAAGGAAACAUGAAACAGAGACACUGUGUAGAAUUUCUAUACAUGUCCUUUUUAAAGGGUCGCAUUCCAGGAGUGAAGACAUAUCAGCUAUCUAACCUUCAUGCAAACUGGGUCCUGCAAGCCAAGUACAUCCCAGCUUUAGAGUUUUUCAUUUCAUGCUGUCAGGACGCAGACACAGCCAUGUACAUGGGGGAUUUCAGGGGGUCAAAGAUAACAUCCUACUUCAGAGUAAGAAAGGGAAUCCUAUGUUUUGAUUACUGUAAGACACUCAACAUCAUAGUCACAGGUGGUCUGGAUCACAUGGUGAGAGUGUGGAAUCCAUAUGUGACCAGCAAAUCCAUCAUGGUACUCAAAGGUCACUCCAAGGCUGUUACACAUGUGAUCAUUCAUGACGAGAAGGAGCAGGUGAUUAGCAUAGCCAAGGGCAAAACUAUCCGUGUAUAUGACCUCAAGGACCAGAGCUGCAAGCAGGUCAUCCCUAGUAGGAAUGUUCCUAUGGGACUACAUGACAUCUCCUCAGUGUACUUCAACUCUAAGACACAGUCUCUUGUGCUGGCUACUACACACCUGGCCAUCUUUGAAAGGAAGGAAGAUGAAGACAACUACCAUGAAAUUACAUCUCAUGAUGAGCCAGUUUGUGCUGCUCUCUACAACAAAUUAUUCCACCAAGUUGUCAGUGCAUGCAAUGCCUCAGUUGUAAGUGUCUGGGAUAUCAACGAUGGCACCAAGGUGAUCCAGUUUAUCAAUGCCCACAAGGUCGUAUGCGAUGGAGUGGAGACAGGGGUGGAAAUAACAGCUAUGACCUUUGACCCUACCUUGCGUCGUCUCAUCACAGGUGCUAGAGAUGGCACAGUUUCAAUUUGGAACUUUAACAAUGGUGCCUGUCUACGAACUCUUGAAACUUUCAGCAAUGUAGAGAUUAGUGGAAUAGUUUGUCCUAGACAGCGGAUAGUGAUCACAGGUUGGAACCGUCGAGUAAUCACAUACCUUGAUGAUCGAGAAGACGAAUCUUUCAAACAAUGGCCAGUUAAGCAUGCUGAUGAUAUACUGUCAGUAGCUUACUAUGACCCAAGCACCAUAGCCACAAGUUCCUAUGAUGGAGACAUCAUCAUUUGGUCUCUGGAAACAGGCCACAUGUACUGUCGCCUCAACGUAAAUGAUGGGGUGCUGCCUCGUUCACGCAGAAUAAAGCUAAAACGUACCAAGGAACUUACUGGUGAUAGAAGCAUGGUCAACAUGAAGGACUGGAUGACUUUUAACACAAGGCAGAAAUCGACCAUGUGUAUGUACAAAGAACAUCAAAGAGGAGCUAGUGGAAAGAGCGGAAGCCAAGUCAAUAAAGAUUUCACCCCCAGGAAGAGAAUCUGCAAUAAAUGCGAUGGAGAAAUCAUGAUGUGGGAAAGGAAAGGAGCUGCGGAGUGCGAUAAAGCAGAGAAGCUGUGCAUGUGUGAGAGGAAAGAGGCUCUCAUUGACAGUGAUGACUCUUCGAGUGAUGAUGAUAUCAAUGAGGGAGAGAUUAAGGUGACAGUUCCUUCUUCCAAGGAAAUACCUGUUAUCAAGGUUACCACAGCAGAUAGCUCAGACUCCGUAUAUCUUGCUCCUGCUACAAAAUUGUCACCAAGAGUGGCCUCUGUUGCUGAAAAGCAGCCAACCUGUCAACGGGUAGCCUCUCCCCAAAGGCAGAAAGUCAGACGCCCAUCAGUUGGUCAAGAGAAGUAUGAUGAAUAUCGCAAAAAACACGAGUCUUCUGUGGACAAACUACUGUUCCUUCAGAAUCGAGAACAUAAUCAAGAGACAGCAACUCUUAUAGCUUGUGGUGCUGAGGGCUGGGUUAGAGCGUGGUCAAUUCAUCACCAGGGGGGAUUACUGGGUCAGUUUAAUGCUGCUCACAAACCAGAUGAGGCAGUGCUAGCAAUGGCAACAGAUAGUCAAAAUGAAUAUCUCAUCACAGGGGACACAGCAGGAUACAUCAAAGUGUGGGAUAUCACAGAGUACUGCGUUAAGAGAACAAAAUGGAUGGAGUCAGAAGAGUGCAGACUUGCUACAGAGAAGAGGCGAGCAAAAUUUCCCUAUCUCAAAGAGAGCAAGGUACCAGCAAAUUUCAGGUUGCCCGAAAAACAGACAAAACCCCAGGGAGUUGUUCACCUGGCACCACCCCUCACAAGCAAUCCAGAGCAAACCCUGAAGAUGCCACCUCUACUGAAUUCAUUUAGAGGUCACUUGAAAGCAAUAACCAGUAUCGAUUUUGUCGAAGGCAAAGAUCUUCUUGUAACAGCUAGCUCUGACUGCACAGUGAGACUUUGGACACUCUGUGGACGGUUUGUUGGCACAUUUGGUCAAAAGAAUCCAUGGGACCUAAAGGCUUCUAUAACAGUCAAAGAUCUGCCAAGAAAUUUGCCCAAAGAUGUGAGGAGAGUGGCUUCAGCAUCCACUCUGAAAGUGUUGAAUGCAGGUUCCAGGCCACGUUGGACCUUGGCCAGGAACAUCAUCUUCUUUUGGUUCUCAAAGUCCAUGAGACAACACAUCCUUAUGAAAGACGCAAAGGCCCGUCCAAUGGAAAUUCAGUCUGAUACAUCUGUAGUAGAAGGUGUUGGCACCAGCAAAAUACUUGGGAAGUCUUAUAAACCCAAGCAACGCCAUCAUGCUCCUCACAAUGUGAAAAUUUCUCAAACUUCAAAUCAGGUGAGGGUUUACCAUUCAAUCCCGUUUACAGAUCUUGAGCCAGUCAAAGAAUUUGAAGUCCCACCAAUUGUUCAAGAAAUCAGAGAACGCAACAAGAGCAUGAUGUCCAACGAAAAGUCUUUUAGACCUCGAGCAAAGCGUUUGUUACAAGUUCAUAGAAUGCAUAAACUUCUGAAGGGAAAACCCAGAACCUCUCCAAUUCCAAAUGAAGAGAAUACAAGUGUUGGUUCAAAGCCACCAAACACAAAUAAUGAAAGGAAUAACAAGUCCAGUGCUGAGAAACAAAAAAGUUACAGACUUCCCAAGAUAAAUAGUGCAAUACCAGAAUAAUGUGCUUUGCCUUUGAAUUAAUGGAUAAAUAAACAUUUCAAAUUAAAAUCAAAGAGUGCAGCUUGCAAUAUUAAUUUUUAAAUAAUAAUAAAUCAAAUGGACCAAAGAUUCUUGUUUUGCUAAUGCAAAAUACUGGAGAACUUUUUUCAAGUGGUCAAAUUUGACCAAAAAACAAAAAAGAGGACCUAAAAAUCUACUUUAGAAAUUCAGUCAUUAAUAUGAAUACAUUUAUUGUUGUUUGACUUUCAAAGAUGUACAAAAUGGUCACAACUUAUACAGCAACUGUAAAAGUAACCAAUACCACACCAGCAUAUUACAGAGAUGUGUAAAAAGAUUUCUAUUUCCUAAAAGCAUUAUUUUUUUUCUAAUUUUUCUUGUAAACAUUUAAAUCCUACUUCACCAUUUUGCACCACAUGUAUACAAUGAAUUCCACAGAAAAUCAACUACAUUUUUUUAAAACAGCCUUUUAAAUAUGCAUGAAUUAAAAGAUAAGUAUUUUAAAGAUAUUAAAUCUUCCAUUUUCUCUAACAAAAUAAACUUCUGACAUUAAGAUGAAUUUCAUGUAUUGUCACCUAAACUCCAUAAACGCAUAAACUGGUAUUGUCAUGCUAUCUAUCUGGAAAAAUCGAUUGAAUUAAUAAUCUGUACAUCUCAAGAACCAAUGAAAAAUAUACAAUAUAUUUUUCAAAUAUGCCUACAAGGGUAUAAAUAGUUAUAUCUGAUAAUAUUUCUUGAUUAUACAAAAAUUUGAGAUCCUCAUUAAAAUUGAAAAAGUACCUCUGCAGAGA